ACCAUUGCCCUCAGCCUACGAGUUACGCUCAGACUCUCCCUCUUCGCAGUUCGCACACGCACGGCCGCCGCCGCCGCCGCUUCGCACACCCCAUGCCGUGAGGACAAGGAGGUCGAGGGAGCGGUCGGGGAGGAGGGAGAGCAGUGGGUCGAGCGCCGUCUCCGUGCUCCGCGGCCGCAUCCGCAUCCGUCGCCGCAUCAGAUCCAUCGGCCGCAUCCGUAUCUGGUAUUGGCUUCCUAAAGGAUCAAUGUCGACUAUCUCUGAUCAGAAAAAACGCACGUUGGAAGCCCUUCAGCAACAGUAUACUGCUGCAAAAGCUAAGAAAUUGCAAGAUGAACAGGUUAAGAGUCAGAAGAAGAGCAAUUUCAAUACCCCUAAGCCUAAAUUUGAUGCACCAAGGAAAGGCAAAGGUCCAGAAAUCACUCCUCGUCAAACAUAUGCCCAGCCUUCUCCUCAUAAAGGGGUAGCAUUUUCCAGUUCUAAUCGCCAACAAAAGCCUUCUGCAUCCUCAGGUGAAGAAAUCAAUCCUGUGUAUGGCGAACUUUCUUGUGCCUUUCAUGACAAUUUGUCCAAAGAUGGUGUCUCGGAUUUGGAUGGCACAGAGGUUGUUCACAGUGUUAUAUAUGACAUAAUUCAGAAAGGCGGAGAUGCUGGGAAAAUUACAAAGGGAGCCAAAAAGUUGAAGCUGGAAAAAGGGAUCCUUUUGGAUAAUUAUGUUCAGAGGGGUCCUAGAUUAGUGGAUGCCCAAGCAAGAUCUUUGCUGAUUCAUUCAAAGCGAUCAAAAAGGCACAUGUCUCUGAAACAACAUAAGAAAUGUGGUUCAUUUGAUUUAGAUGGUACAUUCCACAAGUAUGACUUCUAUAAACCAAUGCAUGAGAUGUGGAAGGAUUAUAUCAGAGAGGUUAUGAAAGUAACCCCGAAAAAGAAAUUGUCUGAAAACCUUCUUUCAGCAGAUCUUCACGGGGCCCUUCUAAUAGUGGCAGAAUGUAAAGCUGCUUCAUAUCAAGGUGUAAACGGCAUCAUGAUUCGGGAUACUGCAGAGACAUUUGGAAUUAUAUCCGAGGACAACCGCUUCCGAGUUGUACCAAAAGCUGGUUCAGUUUUCAUACUUCAAGCAGAGUGCUGGAAGGUCACACUGAUCGGCGACAAGCUCUCGCCCAGGGAGAAGCUGAAGGAGGACCAGCGUCAACACCGUGCACAAUCGCAAAUCAGAUAGUUUCCAAUGUGCCAACUGUUUUGUGACAGAAUUUUUGGCCUAGGAACAUUUGCUUUUGUUUAGGUCCUGCCACUUAAGCAUGGCAUUUUAUUCUCUCUCUAGAGGCUCUGACAUUUCCUAGCGACUGACUGACAGCUUGAGAUGUAAAGGGUGACCGACAUUACUAAUCUCAGGUGUGUGACCAUGAGUCCGGUAAUCCGGUGACUGAUUAUUGAUUAUGGGCGAAGCAAAUCCAUUUUCGGUUUCA